GCCGCAUUCGUCCCGGCCGGCUGCUGUUCAGGCCUCGCCGCAUUCGACCCGGCCGGCUGCUGUUCAGCCACAAAGAGUGAAGACGGUGACCCCGGAGGUGACUCUGGGAUCGCGGCCAGGCCUGCCUUCAUCAUGAGAAAAGCGCCAGGACCCCUGGGUUGCAGGGGGGGGGGGGGGGCGAGACAAAAGAGACGCUCAGCACCAGUUGCACAGGAAAUGGUUUGUUUUGAUGGAGUGUGGCGGCCCCACUAAGACUCUGGUGUCAACAGAGCCCGGUACAUUUCCCAUCAUCCUCGGCGGCAGCCCCAUUAAAUCUCUGCUGUCAACGGAGUCCAGUACAUUUCCCAUCAUCCUCGGCGAUGGCCCCACUAAGUUUUUGCUGUCAACAGAGUCUGGUACAUUUCCCAGCAUCCUCGGCGAAGGCCCCACUAAGCUUUUGCUGUCAACAGAGUCCGGUACAUUUCCCAUAAUCCUUGGCGGCGGCCCCACUACGCCUCUGCUGUCAACAGAGUCCAGUAUAUAUCCCAUCAUCUUUGAAGGCGGCCCCACUAAGCCUCUGCUGUCAACAGAGUAUGGUACAUUUCCCAGCAUCCUCAGCGAAGGCCCCACUAAGCUUUUGCUGUCAACAGAGUCUGGUACAUUUCCCAGCAUCCUUGGCAGUGACCCCACUAAGCCUCUUCUGUCAACAGAGUCCGGUACAUUUCCCAUAAUCCUUGGCGGUAGCCCAACUAGGCCUCUUCUGUCAACAGAGUCCGGUACAUUUCCCAUAAUCCUUGGCGGGAGCCCCACUAGGCCUCUUCUGUCAACAGGGUCCGGUACAUUUCCCAUAAUCCUUGGCGGCGGCCCCACUACGCCUCUGCUGUCAACAGAGUCCAGUAUAUAUCCCAUCAUCUUUGACAGCGGCCCCACUAAGCCUCUGCUGUCAACAGAGUGCGGUACAUUUCCCAGCAUCCUCGGUGGUGGCCCCACUAAGCCUUUGCUGUCAACAGAGUCCGGUACAUUUCCCAUCAUCCUCGGCGGCAGCCCCACUAAGCCUCUGCUGUCAACAGAGUCCGGUACAUUUCCCAGCAUCCUCGGCGGUGGCCCCACUAAGCCUUUGCUGUCAACAGAGUCUGGUACAUUUCGCAUCAUCCUUGGUGGUGACCCAGACACUUGUUUCAGGUUUCUGAAACUUCUCACUGAAGGUGUGUGAAGGUCACACUGAAUCCCUCAUCGCUGUACCUAGGCCUGGAAUGGCCUCCUUGCACUCCAGCCAUUUUUCCAGGGUGGUGGUGGUGGGGGGGGGAUGGGUUUGUGGCCUGGUGAAAAUUGU